AAAGACAAUUAUGCGGUUACCAGGGUUACAACAUCCCUUUGUGCUGAACGUCACCACUUCUUGUAGCAAACGUUGUGCGCAUAACAUGUUUUGAGGAGGCGUUCUUUGUGCCAUUGUUCAAUCAAGUAAAAACGAGAAAACGGAUAAAUGGACCGUGGGUCAAAGCGCAGGCAGGUGAAGCCUCUGGCUACCUCUCUGCUGGACGCUUUAGAUUAUGACAGCUCAGAUGACAGCGAUUUCAAAGUGGGAGACGCAGAUGCCUCAGGGUCAGAGGGUAGUGCCAUUGGGAGUGAUGAGGAGGAGGAGGGGUCCAAGGAGGAGAGCGCUGCUGAGGACUCUGACAAUGACAGCGGCUCGGACAACAUCGGCUCUGCAACGGACGGCAUCGAUGAAGAACAGACCAAGGAGCUGACCGGUGACGACACCCCCACUGAGGAAGAGGAGAAGACCAAGGAACAGCAGCUGUCCUAUGACACUGGCACCACCACCACUAAAGACCCUGCUCCAUCAGGGGUGCCCAGGGGCCGACGGAGGAGAGAGGAGAAGGCCUCGGACACAGAGGCUGGGAGUGGAGGAAGCGGGAGUGGCACAGGUAGUGGUAAUGCGCAGGACGGAGGCUCAACAACGGCCGCCACACAGGAGCCCAAGAAGUGGAACCUGCGUCGGAACCGACCCAUGCUGGACUUCACCACCAUGGACGAGCUCAACGAGAUGGACGACUACGACAGCGAAGACGACAAUGACUGGAGGCCCGCCUCAGGCAAGAAGAAGGGCAAGACGGCGGCUGCCCAGAAAGGAGGGAGCGAGGGAGAGGAGGACGAGGAGGAUCACGACGGAGGGAGUGGUAGUGAUGAUGACGACGACAACGAGGAUGACGAUGGUGGUGAUGAAGAUGAGAAUGAAGACGGGAGCAGUAGCGACAGUGAUAAAGAGGUGAAGAAACCCAAUAGGAAAGUGAAGAGCAGAAGUGUGUUUGACGAGGAGCUGACCAACGACAGCAUGUCACAGGGAAAGAGCAAUGAGGAUGCCUUGCUGGAGCGUGCCCAGACGUGGAGGGCGGCGGCCCAGAGGAUGGAACACAUCCUGAUCUGCUGUGUGUGUCUGGGAGACAACAGCGAGGACGCUGACGAGAUCAUCCAGUGUGAUAACUGUGGCGUGACCGUACAUGAAGGUUGCUAUGGAGUGGACGGGGAGAGUGACUCCAUCAUGAGUUCCGCCUCGGAGAACUCCACGGAACCGUGGUUCUGCGACGCUUGCAAGAACGGCGUCACGCCCAGCUGUGAGCUCUGCCCCAAUCAGGACGGGAUCUUCAAAGAGACUGACGCUGGGAGAUGGGUCCAUGUGGUUUGUGCGCUCUAUGUCCCUGGAGUAGCGUUUGGGGACAUUGAUAAACUACGACCAGUGACUCUCACAGAGAUGAACUACUCCAAGUAUGGGGCCAAGGAGUGCAGUUUCUGCGAGGACGCCCGGUUCGCCCGGACAGGCGUGUGUAUCAGCUGUGAUGCUGGCAUGUGCCGAUCCUACUUCCAUGUGACCUGUGCUCAGAGGGAGGGGCUUCUCUCAGAGGCCGCUGCGGAGGAGGACAUAGCCGAUCCCUUCUUUGCGUAUUGUAAGCAGCAUGCGGACCGCUAUGACAGGAAGUGGAAGAGGAAGAACUACCUGGCGCUCCAGUCCUACUGCAAGGCAUCUCUACAGGACAAAGAGAAGCAGCUGGCCCCUGAGGCACAGAACCCCUGGCAGGCCCGUAUCACCACCCGGCUGCAGCAGUACCGGGCCAGGGCAGAGCUGUCCCGUAACACUCGGCCCCAGGCCUGGGUCCCCCGGGAGAAGCUUCCACGACCCCUGACCUCCAGCGCCUCCGCCAUCAGGAAACUCAUGAGGAAGGCCGAGCUCAUGGGCAUCAGCACGGACAUCUUCCCUGUAGACACAUCAGACAUCAGCGCAAGUGUGGACGGACGCAGGAAACACAAGCAGCCUGCCCUCACUGCAGACUUCGUCAACUAUUACCUGGAGAGGAACAUGAGGAUGAUUCAGAUCCAGGACAAUAUCUCUGAACAGAAGAACCUGAAAGACAAGCUGGAGAGUGAGCAGGAGAAACUGCACGUCGACUACAACAAGCUGUGUGAGUCUCUGGAGGAUCUGCAGAAUGUCAACGGAGUUCUGAGGAGUGAGGGCCAUGCCAUAUGGACCAUGUUGGGAGGAAUCCUAGGACAGAAACUGAACUCCCCGCCGGUCCUGAAAGCCCCUAAAGAGAGGAAGCCCAGCAAGAAGGAGGGAGGAGUUCCUGGGAAGUCCUCCAACCUACCAGCUGUCCUCUACAGCUGUGGGAUCUGUAAGAAGAACCAAGACCAGCAUCUCCUGCUGAUGUGUGACACUUGCAAGCUCUACUACCACCUGGGCUGUCUGGAGCCUCCGCUGACACGCAUGCCCAAGAAGACCAAGAACAGCUACUGGCAAUGUUCAGAGUGUGACCAGGCCAGUAGCGAUGAUGCUGACAUCGCCAUGGAGACGCUGCCCGACGGUACCAAGAGGUCUCGGAGACAGAUUAAAGGACCAAUCAAAUUCAUCCCUCAGGAGAUGUCCCCGGAGCCCAAGAAACGAGAUGUGAGGGGCGCGAGAACCAGAGGGCAGAAGAGGAAGAGGGUGUCCAUCUGUGAAGAAGAGCAGUUUGAAGUGCAGGAACCUGCUCUACGUGAACGGCGUCAGCGUCAGUCUGUAAUGCAGAAGAAGACCCCUAAAGCCGACGACACCAGGACUGACUGUACCUCCUGCAAAGGACCCGGGGACAACGAGAACCUUGUCAGGUUGUGAGAGCCGGGGCAGACACCUCUCCUCACCUCCCCACACCUAGACACUGCUGGACAGAUGAGAGAGAGAAGCAGACCUUUGGCUUAGAGACAGAGAGGGACUUAAUUACGUGGAAGAAUGACGGCGACGGGUGUGGGAUCAGAUGGCCAUCUUUGACGUUCACAACCAUGGUCGUCUUCAUGACCCAAAUUGGACCACCUACUGGCCGUCCAAUUAAAAUUGAGGGAGAGAGGCAGAAAUUGAAAUUAACUUUGAGGAAUUCUAAAAUGCUUGCACAAAUAAAAUGUUGGGAGGUUCAGUAUUACUGAACUGGUCAUUCUUGUAAGAAAGGACAUGUUGGUCUUACUGGACACGCCCUUUGUGAUCGUCAUUGUCAUCUCUAAGGGCCCUUCUAUAAGGACUAUGGCCUAACUGGACUAAGGAGUGAUUCCCCCCUCUCUCUCUCGCUCUCUCAUCCAUUCUAUGAUGGCACUUCACUCGUUUGACCGCCCUGAGCAUCUUAUCACCACAUCCAAUCAGUUGUAUUGACUCCAGUCAUUUGUGGUCCAAUCACAUGGUGUUUUCCUCAGUAAAGGCCUUUAAUUGGAGAUGCACUUGAACUUAGGCUUUCAUAAUCUUCUUCUAGUGUUGUCAUCGGGUAGAACUUUCUAGAGUAGAGGACUAGUAGACCUUGAAAAAGUAGUGGUUUUUAGUAGAAUGAUUGCCCUUUCUGGCUUUUGAGAAGUAAGUUGCCGCUUAGGCUCUACAGCAGCCUAAGGUUUAACAUAAUAAUUAUAGCAACAUUUGUAUUAAUGGUUAUUGUAACUUCUAAUGUCAGUGUGUGAGUGUACAGUAGAUGUCUAGGCAUCUUAGUCUCCCUUCCUCUCAUUAGUAUUUUAAAGUGACAGUUUAACUGACACUUCUUUUAAAGCAGCCCAGCUCUGUGUAUGUGUGUGCGCAUCUCCCCAGUGCCCCAUAGUGAGUGCUGACAACUCAGCAGCUGCCAUGUGGUCUGUCUGUCUGUCAGGGUCCUUGACAGAAGUGUCACAGUUUGCCCUCACAUGUCACUCCUCCACUCACCCCCAUCCCAGGACCCUCUAUGUCACUCCUUUUCUCUUCCCCUCUGUCUGGGGACCCUAUAUGCAUGCCACUGGGAGCUGCCAAACCUCACAUAAUUCUUAGGUCCACUGGAAAAUCUGCUGAGGAAAUACAUUUGGUGGUUUUCCUAUGGAGAUUAGAAAGUCCUCUCUCUACCUCCUCAUCCUCUUCUGCCUCCUCCACAACAAAUUUAGAGGACUGUCCAUGAGAUACAGCUAACCAGCUAACCUUACUCAAGCUAAUCCUUCUCAAGCUAACCUUACUACAGCUAACCAGCUAACCCUACCCCAGCUAACCUUACUACAGCUAAACCUACCACAGCUAACCAGCUAAACUUACUACGUCUGACCCUACUCCAGCUAACCCUACUCCAGCUAACCCUACUCCAGCUAACCCUGCUCCAGCUAACCCUUCUACAACUAACCAGCCAACCUUACUACAGCUAACCCUACUCCAGCUAGCCAGUUAACCAUACUACAGCUAAACAUACAACAGCUAAUCAACUAACCCUAGUACCACUAACCCUAUUACUGCUAGUACUACUACAGCUAACCCUACUCCAACUAACCAGCAAGCCAGUUAACCCUACUACAGCUAAAUCUACUGCAGAUAAUCAGCUAACCCUACUCCAGCUAAACAGCUAGCCAGUUAACCCUACUACAGCUAAACAUACCACAGCUAAUCCACUAACCCUAGUACCACUGACCCUAUUCCAGCAAGUACUACUACAGCCAACCCUACUCCAACUAACCAGCUAGCCAGUUAACACUACUGCAGCUAAUCAGCUAAGCCUUCUCCAGCUAGCCAGUUAACCCCACUACAGCUAAACAUACAACAGCUAAUCAACUAACCCUAGUACCACUAACCCUAUUCCAGCUAGUACUACUACAGCUAACCCUACUCCAACUAACCAGCUAGACAGCUAACCCUACUACAGCUAACCCUACUAAUCAGCUAACCCUACUACAGCUAACCCUACUCCAGCUAACCAGUUAACCCUACUACAGCUAAUCAGCUAACCCUACUCCAGUUAACCCUACUACAACUAAACUUACUACAGCUAACCAGUUAACCCUACUACAGCUAAACGUACUACAGCUAACCCUACUCCAGCUAACCAGUUAACCCUACUACAGCUAAACUUACUACAGCUAACCCUACUCCAGCUAACCCCACUGCAGCUAAUCAGCUAACCCUACUACUAAUCCUACUCCAGCCCUACCAUGCAUGGCUCUGUAUCUAACCAUUAGGCCUAAGGCUAGACUAUGGCCAACUCUGUAUUUAACCAUUAGGCCUAGGCUGUGGCCAACUCUGUAUUGAACCAUUAGGGCUAGGCUAUGGUCAACUCUGUAUCUAACCAUUAGGCCUAGGGCUAGACUAUGGCCAACUCUGUAUUUAAACAUUAGGCCUAGGCUAUGGCCAACUCUGUAUCUAACCAUUAGCCUAGCCCUAGGGUCAACUCUGUAUCUAACCAUUAGGCCUAGGGCUAGACUAUGGCCAACUCUGUAUUUAACCAUUAGGCCUAGGCUAUGGCCAACUCUGUAUCUAACCAUUAGCCUAGCCCUAGGGUCAACUCUGUAUCUAACCAUUAGGCCUAGGCUAUGGUCAACUCUGUAUUGAACCAUUAGGGCUAGACUAUGGUCAACUCUGUAUCUAACCAUUAGGCCUAGGCUAUGGUCAACUCUGUAUCUAACCAUUAGGCCUAGGGCUAGGCUAUGGUCAACUCUGUAUCUAACCAUUAGGCCUAGGGCUAGACUAUGGCCAACUCUGUGUCUAACCAUUAGGCCUAGGCUAUGGUCAACUCUGUAUCUAACCAUUAGGCCUAGGCUAUGGUCAACUCUGUAUCUAACCAUUAGGCCUAGAGCUAUGCUUUGGCCAACUCUGUAUGUAACCAUUAGGCCUAGGCUAUGGUCAACUCUGUAUCUAACCAUUAGGCCUAGGGUUAGGCUAUGGUCAACUCUGUAUCUAACCAUUAGGCCUAGGGUUAGACUAUGGUCAACUCUGUAUCUAACCAUUAGGCCUAGGCUAUGGUCAACUCUGUAUCUAACCAUUAGGCCUAGGGCUAGACUAUGGCCAACUCUGUAUCUAACCAUUAGGCCUAGGGCUAGACUAUGGCCAACUCUGUAUCUAACCAUUAGGCCUAGGGUUAGGCUAUGGUCAACUCUGUAUUUAACCAUUAGGGCUAGGCUAUGGUCAACUCUGUAUCUAACCAUUAGGCCUAGGGCUAGACUAUGGCCAACUCUGUGUCUAACCAUUAGGCCUAGGCUAUGGUCAACUCUGUAUCUAACCAUUAGGCCUAGGGCUAGGCUAUGGCCAACUCUGUAUCUAACCAUUAGGCCUAGGCUAUGGCCAACUCUGUAUCUAACCAUUAGGCCUAGGGCUAGGCUAUGGCCAACUCUGUAUCUAACCAUUAGGCCUAGGGCUAGGCUAUGACCAACUCUGUAUCUAACCAUUAGGGCUAGACUAUGGCCAACUCUGUAUCUAUCCAUUAGGCCUAGGGCUAGGCUAUGGCCAACUCUAUCUAACCAUUAGGCCUAGAGCUAGGCUUUGGCCAACUCUGUAUGUAACCAUUAGGCCUAGGGAUAGACUAUGGCCAACUCUGUAUCUAUCCAUUAGGCCUAGGGCUAGGCUAUGGCCAACUCUUAUCUAACCAUUAGGCCUAGAGCUAGGCUUUGGCCAACUCUGUAUGUAACCAUUAGGCCUAGGGAUAGACUAUGGUCAACUCUGUAUCUAACCAUUAGGCCUAGACUAUGGCCAACUCUGUAUCUAACAAUUAGGCCUAGGGCUAGACUAUGGCCAACUGUGUAUCUAACCAUUAAGCCUAGAGCUAGACUAUGGCCAACUCUGUAUCUUUCAUUAGGCCUAGGCUAUGGCCAACUCUGUAUCUAACCAUUAGGCCUAGGCUAUGGCCAACUCUGUAUUCUAACCAUUAGGCCUAGGGUUAGGCUAUGGUCAACUCUGUAUCUAACCAUUAGGCCUAGGGUUAGGCUAUGGCCAACUCUGUAUCUAACCAUUAGGCCUAGGCUAUGGCCAACUCUGUAUCUAACCAUUAGGCCUAGGCUAUGGCCAACUCUGUAUCUAACCAUUAGGCCUAGGGUUAGGCUAUGGUCAACUCUGUAUCUAACCAUUAGGCCUAGGGUUAGGCUAUGGCCAACUCUGUAUCUAACCAUUAGGCCUAGGCUAUGGCCAACUCUGUAUCUAAGCAUUAGGGCGAUAGUAGCCUAAAGUAAAUGUACUUUUAACCUGAGAAUAUGUUAUGUGUUCCAACAGUUUAGAAUGUGUGAACAAACACCCUAUUAGCUGUGUUGUGUGAUCGGUGUGUACAGUAUUUAUUGACAAGCCAAGCUUUUUUGUGUAUUUUAUUUGUGCCUUCACACUUGAUUUUAAAUCAUAACAUGCCUUUUGUUACUACUGUGUUAUGAAGAAAAUGAGUUAAGCUCACUAUUGAGUAGGAACCUUAAAGGACUCCUUGCUAAACUUAUUCAUUGUUAAUAUAUUUGUUUACACACAUGCCUAAAUGUGAUUAGUAUUCGUUUACAUACAUUUCUAUAUGUGAUUAUUUAUAACAUGUUGUGGUAUUACCACAUUGGGUAAAAGUAACUGUGAUUUAUAGAGUACGAAUAUUGCUACUCAUAUGUGUGUAUGUGAAGUUUCCUGGCCUCCCGGCCCCUAGAGCUCUCAGCAUUAAAGCUUGAAUAAACUCUUGACUUUUUUAUAACAUGUUGUGGUAUUACCACAUUGGGUAAAAGUAACUGUGAUUUAUAGAGUACGAAUAUUGCUACUCAUAUGUGUGUAUGUGAAGUUUCCUGGCCUCCCGGCCCCUAGAGCUCUCAGCAUUAAAGCUUGAAUAAACUCUUGACUUUUUCACCUUA